CGACCCGAGAGGAGCAUCAGUCAGUCAGGAUGCCUCUGCUGUUUCUGGAGCGCUUCCCCUGGCCCAGCUUACACACAUACACUGCCCUGAGCACUGUUCUGCUGGCUGGGACCAUCCUGAGUGCCUACAGCUCGGUCAGAGACUCAGAGGACUCCUCUCCUCUGGCUGGAGACCCACACAGCGGCCCUGAUGAGGAGGAGAUCAAGCUGGAUCCGCUGGAGAACUUGGGGAACAUGGCCACCAGUGUGCUUGUGUAUCUCAUCACGGACAGCCUGUUUGUCUGGGUGAUGGUGAACACGGCGUGCUGCAUCCUCAUGUUGAUCGCUAAAGUGAUCCAGUGCAUUGUGUUCGGCCCGCUGAGAGUCAGUGAGAAACAGCAUCUGAAAGAUAAGUUCUGGAACUUCAUCUUCUACAAGUUCAUCUUCAUCUUCGGCGUGCUGAACGUGCAGCGGGUGGAGGAGGUGGUGCUGUGGUGUCUGUGGUUCUCCAUGCUCAUCUUCCUGCAUCUGAUGGUGCAGCUCUGCAAAGACCGCUUUGAAUACCUCUCGUUCUCUCCCACGACCCCGAUGGGCAGUCACGUGCGCGUGCUGUCUCUGCUGGUGUCUGUGCUGCUGUGCUGUGGGGGUCUGGCUGUGCUCUGCGCUGUAGUCGGGCAUCUUCACGGCAUGCACACUGUGGCCUUCAUGGCAGCGGAGUGUUUGCUGGUGACCGUACGCACAGGACACGUCAUCAUACGGUACUCCAUUCACCUGUGGGACCUGAACCACGAGGGCACCUGGGAGAACAAGAGCUCAUACAUCUACUACACUGACUUCAUCAUGGAGUUGGCCAUCCUCUGCCUGGACCUGAUGCAUCACAUCCAUAUGCUGCUCUUUGGAAACAUCUGGUUGUCCAUGGCUAGUCUUGUGAUCUUUAUGCAACUGCGGUAUCUCUUCCACGAGGUGCAGCGAAGGAUUCGCCGCCACAAAAACUACUUGCGUGUUAUUGACAAUAUGGAAUCCAGGUUUGCUGUGGCAACGCCUGAAGAGCUGUUGGCUAAUAACGAUGAUUGUGCGAUCUGCUGGGAUUCAAUGACUACCGCGCGCAAGCUGCCCUGUGGACAUCUCUUCCACAAUUCGUGUCUGCGCUCUUGGCUGGAGCAGGACACGUCCUGUCCCACGUGCCGCAUGUCUCUGAACAUCAGUGAAGGCGUGAGAGAGCGAGAGGAGGGCCAGAGGGAGGUGCUGGAUGAGAACAUGCCCGCUGGGCCAGGAGCAGAGGCCCGACCACACAUCAACCAGCACAAUCACUUCUUCCACUUCGAUGGGUCCCGCAUUGCCAGCUGGCUGCCGAGUUUCUCAGUGGAGGUCAUGCACACCACCAACAUCCUGGGCAUCGCACAAGCCAACAACUCCCAGCUCAAUGCCAUGGCCCAUCAGAUCCAGGAAAUGUUUCCACAAGUCCCUUAUCAUCUGAUCCUGCAGGAUUUGCAGCUCACACGCUCUGUAGAGGUCACCACUGAUAACAUCCUGGAGGGCCGGAUACAGGUGCCGUUCCCCACACAGUCUGUGGAGCGCGCACCCCUGCAGGGGAACACUGGUCCUGACGAGUCAGCGGGGGCCAGCAGCGGGUCCGAGGUCGCGGCCCCUGAGCCGCAAGACUUCGAGGUUCGCGGGAGCCGCUUCUCCAAGUCUGCGGAUGAAAGACAGAGGAUGCUCAUGCAGAGGAAGGAUGAGCUGCUCCUGAGAGCGCGCAGACGUUAUCUUCACAAAAAGCCAGAUGAAGGAGAUGUGUUUCCUUCUGCUGAUAACGACGACGCCAUGCCCUCGAUGGAGGACGAGGACUCGGACUCCGUGACGCUGCGGCGCAGGAGGAUGGCGGCCGCUGCGGAGCGACGCAUGCAGAGGCACGAGCCUUCCCCGUUCUGAGCCCAGCAGAAACAUGCAUGAUGCGUCUGUGGGACAGCCGUGCCGUCACAGAUGUUCUGGCUGAUCAAUGCACAUGUGUGCUAGAUGCAACUAUACAAGUACCCAUCAAACAUGUCAAUCAAUUGUCCAUUGGAAUAACAUACGGUGCCGUUGGCCCGCCAGUCAAAUUUUGGUAAGCGUAAAGUAAAAGGCACAUGUAACUUUAUUCAUGUGUCUGCCAUAGACGGAAUCACUUUAAAUAUCUUCGUACCGGAACAAGUGUGGCUUUGACAGCUGCUCGUUAAUUAGAGGAUUUCACGAGUUUGAAUUUCUUUUUACUUUUGGAAUGCUGCAUUUCUUAAGCAUCUUUGUACGACUUUAACAGGAUCAUGUUGCGUACUAACAGUUGGACUCAGUCUAGAGCGUCAUGCUUAAUAGCAUGCUAGGGUUGUGAAUUUCCAGUUUCUUUCUUUGGCCAGCAAAGAUCCACACGAUUCUGCUGCUGGUUA